GAUGUUGCAUGCGUUACAUCAUCGCUGUCGUCUCGACUAUAUAAAACAUUAUUUGCCGCAAGAAACUAGAUCUAUCAUCUGCAUUAACUUUAGAUAUAUAAAAAAUGUAAAGAAAAACUCUAUAGUCUAUAAUAAUAUUCUAGCCUAUUUUCUUAAAAAAUAGUCUAUAUUUGUAUUAGAAGGCGUUUAACGGUUUAUCUACAAUAAUUAAUCUAGAUUCAAUAGAAUAGAUUCAUCCAAAUGAACUAGCGUUAUAAGGGUUGUCAAUUCCAGUUGUCAACUGUAAUUUACAUUGUUAUUGUUUAGAUCUAAAUCUGAAUCGAUAUAUAGAUCUAUAAAGUGCUAUAGAGUUUCGAAAAUGUGGAAUGCUGUUAAAGAACUAUCUAAAUUGACAACAAAUGUUUACAAACUCACAAUUGGCCAGGUUGUUAUUGAAGAGAUAGGAGAUUCCACUAAUCUUGGUGAUUUUCAUUUUUAUAUUGCAGUCACCCCUAAGGAAGGAUGCUAUCAGGGUGCAUCUUACAGGUUUAAGGUUGAAGUUCCUUCACAUUAUCCAUUCAAGGCACCUUACGUCAACUGUCUGAAUAAAAUAUACCACCCCAAUAUUGAUAUAGAUGAUGGUGGAGUUUGUGUAAGUUUACUGGACCGAGACUGGCAGCCAGAAGUUGGCCUGGAUGGCUGUAUCAUGGCAGUGCUGUUUCUCUUUUACCACCCAAACGUGCAGGAUGCCCUCAGCACUGCAUUUGAUGGUGGGCCAAUGGAUGAAACAGAGUUCCAUAACAAUGUGAGAGCAUCGCUGAGAGGUGAAGCCAUUGAUGGUGUUCUGUUUGAUAAACUAUUAGACGAAGACUGUAACUUUACGACGGAAGACAGCAAGCCUGAAUAUAAUACUGGAAGUGAAAAUACAAAGACAGGUGCAGAUAGGAUGAAAGGUAUUACAGAAUAUAGGCAUAUGAGCAACAAUGGAAGCUUUCGAACAAACUCUGCAUUUAUGAAAAAUAUUCAAAACACUGAAAACCUCAAGUCAAACAUAAACAAUGUAGUUAUGCUAAAGCAUGAUACAAAUGUAAACAUUGAAUCUCUUCAAAAUUCCCACAAUAUUGAUGUGAUGGAAUAUUUAAACCAUGCAAAAGGUGUUGCUGCAGUAGAUGAAAAUGAUACUGGGAGAAAGCAUAUUAGGGACAUAAACAAGAAUGGAUCUGUUACAACAUGACUUUCAUUCAACAUAGACGUAUGUUUUAAGUAAUCUAGCUUACGGCUAAGUCAACAUUGUAUUUAUUAUCUUAAGAAUGUAGUCCCAUGCAUUUUAGAUAUCCAAACUAAAUAUAUUUAUUUUUAUAAAUGAAUAUAUAUGUAUUUGAUUGUUGAAAUGACUAGUUUACAGUGAAGGGGGUGUGCUGGCUGAGUGGUAAAGUAAAAGUAAAGUAAAGUUCCCCUUUCAGACUUUGUGGUCUAUAGGGCAGAUGAUGUAAAGGGUGAGGGUGUCAUGUGGCCAGCACAACGGCCAACCGCCUUUACUUUUCCCCUAUGUCAGGUACCCAUUAGAGCUGGGUGGACUCAGAAGCGCCCAAAGAUCCCGAAAUUAAAAAUCCUAGUCUUUUCCAGGAUUCAAACCCAGGACCCCCGGUUCAGAAGCUAAGUGCUUUACCACUCAGCCACCACGCCUCCUGUGUGGUAAAGUGCUUGCCUUUUAAACCAAGGAGUCUUGGGUUCAGAUUUUGAUGAAGACUGGGAUUUUGAAUUUUAGAGUCCACCCAACUCUAAUGUGUACCUGGCAUUAGUUGGGGAAAGGCAGUGGGUGACAUCCUAAUUGACCAUCAGCCAUAAAAACAGAUGGGCUUAACAUCAUCUGAGCUUUAUAUCAUCUGCAAGGUUUGAAAAAAAGGGGGGGGGGGAGUACUAAGUGAACUACAGUAAGACUUAUUUCACAUGUAUAAAAGCACAGAAGAUGUAUGUUAACUUAAAUCAGGGUCCCGUGUACCAGAAAAAGUUUGGAAACCACUGAGAUAAAGGCAUUAUUAACCUGCUAACAGAAUUACACUACAUCUAGAUCAAAGAAACAUUUUUAAGUUUUUUUAUAAGAAUACAAAAAAUAAAAAUGUAUUUUGUUUAAAUAAAAAAACUUUACUACCAUUGAUUUACAUAACUAUACAUCUGGCAUAAGUCUGUAAUGUAGAAGGCGCCUAAUUAUCUGUAUUUGUCUUCUUUUAUAUAUGUAAAUAUAUAUAGAUUUUUAAAAACUUUUAUUAACAUUAAAAAAAUAAUAAUUUUUUGUAGUCAUAAUGUCUUGUUAUAUAAUAUUUCAAAGUUCUUUUUUUUUUUCAAAAUUAAAAUAUUUUUAGUUGCUAUGAGGUCAACUAUUUUUCAGACCAAUUAGCAAAAGUUAAUGUGAAUUUAUAAAUUUACAAAGACCUCUACAUUUGGAAAAAGAACAAAAGUACCAAUUAAGUUUUUUUAAUAUAGGUCUUAUUAUUAUUUUUAUAAGCUUUAAAAAAAGUUGUUUGAACAACAAUGUGCUAGCAGGCUUUAUCAGUAUUGGUAUCUAUUAAACACAAUUUUUUUUUUUACACUAGAUAUUUAUAAAUAAUUUAAGUAAUAGUAUAUACCAUUUACUUGAUGCCCCUUAUACGUGUAAUUGGAAGUGCAUUUGAGAAGGGAAUGCAAAAUAUUAGUUUCAUGUAUACAAUUUUAAAAUGCUCAUUUCAGAAUUGACUAAAUUGUCACAUCUUU